CACUGUUGCUCCUCCCCUAACUCCUUAGACCCCGCCCACUCUGUCUCACUUCACAUUUCUUAAAGCAUCAAUAGAUCACAGGUGAAUCUGCUGAGAAAAGCGCACUGAGCACGUUUUCCUUGGACGAAAAAAACUGAGUGACCUGAGCAGACAUGUCUUUGGCCAAAGAUCUCAUGCACCCCAGCCUUGAAGAGGAGAGGAGAAGGCACAAGAAGAAGAGGCUGGUGCAGAGCCCCAACUCCUACUUCAUGGAUGUGAAGUGCAUGGGCUGCUAUAAGAUCACCACCAUCUUCAGCCAUGUCCAGACUGUGGUUCCUUGUGCCAGCUGCUCUCUAAUCCUCUGCCGGCCACGAGGGGGCAAAGGCAAACUGACUGCAGGCUGCUCCUUCAGACGGAAAUAUUCCUGAGCAGAAGUGGGCCAAACGUCCAUGAUAAGCAUCAAACUGGACCAUGGAUAAAUAAGUCUGGGUCUGAAACGCCAUCAUUGAUUGUGGUUGUUUCACCACUUAAACGUAAACCUUAGGAGAGGACCCUCUUUGUCUUGAGAGCGAGGAGAGAAAGUGAAUUGUCAUAGGUUGGUUUAAUGUGACAGAGCAGGGAGGGAACCUCUCAGUAAAGAGACAAAGAAUCUAAUAGAGUAUUUACAUUCAGUACUAUGAGCUUUGAUCGUUCUCAAUGGAAAUCAAACAAUAUGAUGAUCUACUAAAAUAUUGAAAGGAAACAUGAAAUUAUUACAAUGCUGAGACUAAUCACACGAGUCAAGUGUUCUGUAAAACAUUUAUUAGGAUGACAUAGAGUUGGGCAUGUGACAAAUGAAAUAUUUUUAAAUGGUCUCAAAUUUGAGGCGCUAUCAUGGCCCUGGCGUGAGGUGAAACCACGACGAUCGUCACAAAGAAAGAAUAAAAUAUUGCAUGGA